AAAAGUGAAAGAUCUACAAGAAAUGACAAAGUGGUGCAAAGAUCUUAUUUUGUUGCUGGUGUCUUUCAUAUUUUUUCCAGAUUUCAAGGUUUUCGCACAAUCCUGUCAACACCCGGACAAAACAAAUGCUAAUAACAGUCAGAAUGAGACCAGUUCGUUGGAGCAGGACUGUUAUCUUCGCAGUUGUGUCAAUACAAGCUUGGUUGAACUUUUGGCGGAAUGCUCCAAAAAUACUAAUAUUGUUGAAAUAAAGUUCUCAAAUGGAAGCUCGGUAAUUAGGGGAUGCAACGGAACCAUCGAACAAGAAAAACCUACGACAAAUCGUGUCAUAAAAUCCUGUCGAGAAGCACAACUAUCCGGAAUUUACAUUCUCGAAUAUAAUGGCAAAAAAAUUGACGUGUAUUGUGAUACUGACUAUGAAGCUGGAGACUGGAUAGUCAUGCAGCGCAGAAUGUUGGGAGUCGUAGAUUUUUACCGUAAUUGGACCGAUUACAAAGAAGGCUUUGGCUAUUUAGGUGGAGAAUUUUGGCUAGGUAAUGAGAAGAUUUAUCAGUUAACCAAGGAUCAACCUCGCGAAGUUCAUUUUAUUUUGACGGAUUGGGAUGAUAGAACGGCCGUUGCGAAAUAUUCAUCGUUUCAGAUUGGGAGUGAGGAACAAAAAUACGUAAUGAGGAGUGUUGGGAUUUAUAGAGGUUCUGCUGGAGAUUCGUUUUCGGAGAAUUUGUAUUCCAAGUUCUCUGCUAUGGAUCAAGACAACGACUCAUCUAGCACUCGUCACUGUGCUAUAGUCUAUCAUGGAGCAUGGUGGUACAGAGAGUGUCAUCAUUCGAAUCUGAACGGAAAAUAUGUCAAAGGAACCGUUAGUGAAUAUGCUACAUCGAUGUGCUGGCAUACUUUUAUGGGAUACUACUAUGGAUUGAAAACAUCGAAAAUUUUAAUUCGCUUCUAGAACUAGACUAGUAUUACGCGAAAUUUGAAAAUAACAAAUUCCAAAACAAUAGAAUUCAGGAUUCAAGAAAAUUUUCUACGUCUCAAAUCGUCUAGAACCCGUCCUCUUGGUAUGAUCACACUCAUUUAUGAUAUGGCAACAUAAAACUGGACAGUAGGAAUCCGGUUUUUUUUUGGAAAAAAAUUAAAAUCAAACGUGCCUUUUCUGAAAUUCUUGAUUUACACGAUUUACACAUUGAUUUAUACACGAUUUGUUUUUAUUGUGAUACGAACUAACAAUUGACCAUAUAUUAUGACUUUGUGAUUUAUUAGUUAUCAUGUUAUCUCGAAGUCAAAACAAAGAUAAUUGGAAGUAUUUAGAUACUGGAUGUAUUU